GUGAGCGUCAGUCUCGAAGGAGUGGUCCUGCCGGUGUCCUCGUUCGCGUCAGGAUCCUCCUUUGUGAGAACACUGUGUCUGCCUCUACUUCUCUCUCCGGAAUCGAGUCCUUUCUUACCCGACGUCUCAUCCACGCCGCGAGAACACCCUCGACAGGACCAAUCCAUCGAGGAUUCGCGAGUGAAACCGGAACCAACCGGGCUUUCGUUGUCCUACCGUCGAAUCUCUUGCGCAAUCCAUCGAUCAGUCUAUCCUUCGUCGUUCUUCGUGACCGAUUCCAACCUACGUGACUUCUUUCGCUUCCUUGGACCCGCAGUGAGACACCUACACCUGUAUCAGCCAGACCUAGCGUCACACCAGGCUCAAAACAACCGUUAAGAAGUACCACCAAGUGGAAUCAUGAAAUGACCAGGUGACAGAGGUUCGACGAGCGCAUGAAGAAUCCAGAGAGUCGAUUUGUGUCGAAGGAAUCAAGCCGGGACUAAAAAUAGCGCGUCAUUGUUCAGCUUUGCGCCAGCCUGUGGAAUUAGCCGCUCGAAAAUCGCGCAACUCUCAAUUUUCUGCCGCUGUCGGCUGUCAUUUGUGCGCUGCCGUGAAGCAUGAACCGGCGAGCAGUGAGUCGGGCCCUUCGACGGACACUGAACUCGAUUCGUUGGAAAAGCGCUGAACAGACCAGGAAGUUCCCCGAGACACGUGCCGCCCGAUGUGAUUUACGCGACUGGAACAUGCUCGAGAUCUGAAGAGCGCAGGCCUGGCUAGCUUUGACUCGAGGGCUGACGCUGGUCAAACAGAAGGCGAGCAAUCAUCGAUCUUCCGAUUGAAUGGGUGCCAGGUCAGCGUCGAAUUUCCCACGCUAAAUCCCGCGGAGAGCCACGCGACCUGGUCCUUGUUAUCUCGCGACCAGACUCCAUCCUCCAGCGAGAAUUGUCAGCCAUUGGAACAUGUCCAACUCGACGACUCCUAGCCAAGGUCGUCUCACCAACCGAACCUUUCCAACCGCCUUGUCCCGGAGUAGCCUACAGACGUGUCUCUCGUGAUGCUAUCUCGCUGAUCCGCUCUCUCGUAAGAGUCUCUGUUCGGAGACAGCGUCGAAGAGAGAGAGGAGAGUCUGUCAUUUUGCAAUUUCUCUGUUGGGGAGAGGAGAAGAGCGAAUCGUCGCACCAAAGUUCAGACUCUGUACUAUGAAAGUGCGGAGUUAUCCUGGCAGAGCCGUGUUGGAGGACCCAGAGCUGCUCUUGGAUCCUGACGCGACCCGAGGGAGAGCCAUGGAGCUCCUCUAUGAGGCCAGCUGGCGCGAGUGCGGUGUGAACUGGGCGAGCAACGCGAGGAGCAAGCCUCCGUCUAGAGAGGACGAGUACAGGCAGCCCUAUGCCGAAGUAAUCUCGCAGUUGGAGGGUGUCUUGGAGGGUAGUCGCUCGUCCGCUAGGGAGGACUCGGAGUCCAGGAGGUCCAGCAGCACGGGCACCACCGAUAGCGAGUCCAGCGAGCUGAAUCAGACAGGCAAUAGCCAAGGUGGAUUCCUCAUACCCAGACCGAGGCUGAUCGUACCGGUUCACACCUACGCCAGGAGACGACGAACCGGUGCCCCACCUCCGGCCAGGAGGCGACAGAUACGCGAAGAGGGCAAAGUCGAGGUGUCGCGCGAUGGCAAAUAUUUGAGCACUCUGGCACCAGGAAAGGUACUGGGCGAGUUGGCGAUCCUCUACAACUGCAAGAGAACAGCGACGAUAACAGCGGCCACCGAUUGCCAGCUAUGGGCCAUCGACCGACAAUGCUUCCAAACCAUUAUGAUGAGAACCGGCCUUUCGCGGCAGGCCGAGUACACGGAUUUCUUAAAGAGCGUUCCUAUCUUCAAGAAUCUACCCGAGGAGACACUAAUCAAAAUUUCAGACGUGUUGGAAGAGACAUUCUACAACAAUGGGGAUUACAUAAUCAGACAAGGUGCGAGAGGAGACACAUUUUUCAUAAUAAGCAGAGGGCAAGUUCGCGUGACGAUAAAGCAGCCCGAUACACCAGAAGAGAAGUACAUCAGAACGCUGAGCAAGGGCGAUUUCUUCGGUGAAAAAGCGCUUCAGGGGGAUGACCUAAGGACGGCGAACAUAAUCGCUGACGAUCCGGAAGGAGUGAGUUGUCUGGUGAUAGACCGUGAAACGUUCAAUCAACUAAUCUCGUCCCUGGACGAAAUUCGUACGCGGUACAAAGACGAGCUGGUGGAACGUAGAAGGUUGAACGAGGAAUUCAGAGACCUGAGGUUACAAGAUCUUCGACCAUUAGCCACUCUAGGUGUGGGCGGUUUCGGAAGAGUCGAAUUAGUUCAAAUAGCCGGUGACAGCACGAGAUCCUUCGCACUAAAACAAAUGAAGAAAGCCCAAAUUGUUGAGACACGACAGCAACAGCACAUCAUGUCAGAGAAAAGAAUUAUGGGCGAAGCUGAUUGCGACUUCGUUGUGAAGCUAUUCAAAACGUUCAAGGAUAGGAAAUAUCUCUAUAUGCUAAUGGAAGCCUGUCUUGGUGGCGAACUUUGGACUGUCCUAAGGGACAAAGGUCAUUUCGAUGAUGGCACGACGCGAUUUUACACCGCCUGUGUUGUAGAAGCGUUCGAUUACCUUCACUCUAGGAACAUUAUCUAUAGAGAUCUUAAACCAGAAAAUCUCUUACUUGACAGCCAAGGAUACGUAAAACUCGUUGAUUUUGGUUUUGCUAAACGUCUUGAGCAUGGAAGAAAAACAUGGACCUUCUGUGGUACACCUGAAUACGUUGCACCGGAAGUUAUCUUAAAUAAGGGACACGACAUCAGUGCUGAUUAUUGGUCUCUUGGUGUUCUGAUGUUCGAACUUCUCACAGGAACACCACCAUUCACUGGUGGUGAUCCAAUGAAAACUUAUAAUAUUAUUCUAAAAGGAAUUGACGCUAUUGAAUUUCCUAGAUCAAUCACACGAAAUGCGACUGCUUUGAUCAAAAAGCUUUGCAGGGACAAUCCUGCAGAACGUCUUGGUUAUCAGAAGGGUGGAAUUAGCGAAAUACAAAAACACAAAUGGUUCGAUGGUUUUAACUGGGAAGGACUAAGAGCAAGAACACUUGAACCUCCAAUUAUGCCACGAGUUCAAAGUGCCAUCGAUACAACGAAUUUCGACGAAUAUCCACCAGAUUCAGAUCCACCACCACCUGACGACAUAUCCGGUUGGGAUAAUGACUUCUAAGUGGUCUAAUUAUUUGUUUAAAGCAGCCGUUGCUACUGAGAAAAGGAUACGUCGAAAAACUUCGACCCGUGUUUGAAGAAUCGCAAGAUAGUCGAAAAAUCGGAGGAAAACGUGACUAUCGGUAUCUGCAUUUAUUCGACAAGCUAAUACUAUGUAAUUCAUAGAUAAUCGUCUAGUAUAACAUCAAUCAUCGAAAAAUUGAAUGCAAAAGUAAACGAAGCUGGCCUGUGAUAAAGAAGUUAGGCCAUCGAAGGUUAGGUUUUCAAAACCCUUCGAGUCUAUUGCACGAUCUAUGGAUCCGAACGACUAUUAAGCAAAAUGGCCGAAGGUCAUAAUUUCACCGUACUAUCUAAAGUAGAAUACAAAUUUUCAAGACAUCGCCUCGGAGAUUAUCGAUGUGAAUUGAAUAUGCAUCCGAUUUAGAGAAAUCUUUUACACGCAUGAACACACGUUGAAGAUGAAAUCAAAUCUCAAAUCGUAAAUGUCGCAUGCGUUGUAUGGUCGGCUUGAUCGUCUGCCGUUACACGCAUCUCACACGCCAACUUAAUUUGGAGGACAGUUAUCUGGAGGUAGAUGGUGAUGUUUGAUCAGCUCUGAAGCCCUUACAGGAUUCGAUUUAGUUACAGAAAACGUAAAACGACCGGUUCUCGUCGCGUGAUUUUUUGAGAAUUACAAGGUUUAUGACAAGGUAAUUUGCUACUGAAACGUAUGAAAUCGAAAGACAUGAAAUAUCAUAUACGAAAAAUAUAUACAAAAAAAGUUUAGCAAUUAAGAGCUACUAACAAAUCAUGUUUCAAUGAAUAUUGGCACUCAGAUGGAAAAAACGCUACACCGAAAACUUCCAGAAAUAACAAUUCUUACUGUCCGAGUCGUAAACAUUGUCUAACAUUGACUUUGACAAAUGUGCAUUUAUGAACAAUAGGUUUAGAGGUUUUAACCUCUGACUGAUCGAGUGCCUUGCAUCUCGACACGCACGAAUGCGUCAAGUGCCAUACCUAACAAAGGUAAAAGUUGAAUACGAUGCGUGUAUACAAAGUAUCCACGCGAAAUGUGCACGAUGUACAGUCAGCUCAAAUCGUAAGAGACAUCUUGCCAUCGAACUCGUAAAGUCGUGCACGAAUUUCGCAGAAUAAACCAUGUCGGUCUCUUCUCGCGUCCGAUUCAUUGUUGUUUGAUUUACUUUAUAGUUUAUUGUAAUAAUUCUAUUUUAAAUAAUUACGCGAAAUGUGACA